AUGGCAUGUAAACCGCCCAACUUUGCUUGUAUCGUCGCUGCCACUGCCGAGAAAUGGGGUAUCGGAAUAGAAAAUAGACUUCCAUGGAAAAUAAAACGCGACAUGAACUUCUUUGUGCAGGUGACAAAACGGGUGAUAAUUGAUCAUGAUGUAGUAAUGGGACGGCGGAAUUGGGAAUCUAUACCGCCAAAGUAUCAACCGUUAAAACAACGAUUGAAUGUUGUGUUAUCACGAACAUGGAAGGUUCCUCCUUCUCCCCCAAUCAGCAUUGAUCGACAAAGCAACAAUAGUAACACAGAAAGCUCUCUAGCUCAAGAUUUACCGCCAUUGUCAUUGUCAUCGUCACCUCCAAUCCUAUUAUUCAACGAUUUCUCGACCGCAAUUGACAAUCUGUCCGCCAAUCCCCAAGUUUCACGAAUAUAUAUAAUCGGCGGAUUAGCUGUCUAUGCAGAAGCAAUGACAUCACCGCUAUGCACACACAUCCUGCUCACACGAAUCUAUAAAGAAUUCGAGUCGGACACGUUUUUACCGCCGAUUGAUGAGACUGUGUAUCAACAAACGACGCACGAAGAACUCGUAAAUUUUGUAGGGAUGGAUGUGCCGAAGGGUGUUCAGGAGGAGAAUGAGAUUCCAUUCGAGUUCUUGAUGAAUUUGAUCGAUAUAUCAAAUACUCAUUUAACGGAACGAUUGCAACAACAGGAUGCGAUUGAUCGUGCAAACGAGUACAAAGAUUUGAUUAGCAGCAUCAAACUCGACGAGAAAGCUUUGAAAAAACUACAAGAAAAGAGUAGCACCUUGCCAAAGUUGCAACAAAAGACUAUCUCCUCUACGACUAUUGCAUCACAAUCACCACCGGCGAGUAAUAAUAAUACUCGAGCCACGUCCCCGGGUGCAAUUCUGUCAGAGAAUUCUUUAACGAAGAAUGAUGUGGAGUGGCUAUCAAAAGCCAUGAAUGAAAUACAUGAUGCAAUCAAUCAUAUUGAAGUUCAAUUCAUGGGUGAUUUGGUAGUUCCUUUAACGUGGAACGCACCAUCGCCUGUUCAUCCUGCUCACGGAUAA